ACCAUAUCGACCUUGACCAGCCGACCUACUUAGCGCAAUAGUUGAUUGGCUAACGUGUUGACAUCGAGGUGGGUUCCGAUAUGAAGUAUAUCCGGUGUCGGAAUCGAAUAUUGCAAUGAGAAGUCCUUAUUAAGUAGAACUAACUCUUAUAGUGAAGGUCGAGUCACGACCAGUAAAACCUGGGGUAAAUAUCCAUAAACUGUUUGCAUGAAACGGAAUCAAAAGGAACGGAGAAUCUUCCGAUUAAGUUCAUGCUCAAUCAACGAUUACUUCAUCACUGUAACUUGUACCUUUUUACUUUUCUGUUCACCUUAUUAAAUUGAGGGAACUUAAUGAUUUCGGCUUCCCUUUUUUAUUACGACUGUUUUUUGUAUCCUAAACUAGUCAGGUUCUUCUUGUGGAAACAUUUAUUAUUAGACUGAGUUGUUUGUCUUGCCGUCACACACCAUUGUAUAUUUCAAUGAUGGAAAUUGAGAUUAAUAGUGAUCUGAGUGGCGAUCAAAACCGUCCAGAACGUACUUAUGAGGAACAAAUACAAUGUGUAGGUGUGUUCGCCCAGCCUAUGGCUUCAAAAAAAUUAACAAAGCGUUUGUAUAAACUCGCUCGAAAAGCUAAACGCGUAAAGAAAACAGAUGUCGGAAUCAAAGCAAUCUUAAAAGCCAUUGAAAAGAAAGGUGUAUCUGGUAUCGUCGUAUUAGCAGGUGAUAUUAGCCCGUUUGAUCUGAUAUCCCAUGUGCCAUUGGUGUGUGAGGAGCACGACAUACCUUACUGCUAUGUUCCGUCAAAGUUUGACCUCGGUGCAUGUGUAUCUUCAGUUACCCCUAUACCUAUCGUUUUCAUAACACGGGAUGAACAGUAUGGUGAUUUGUAUGACAAGUGUUACACUGCUGUUGACGCAUUACCCCUUCCUUUAUAAAAUCCCUGUAAUCAAAAAGCAGAAUUUUUUCAAUAAAAAUAUUAUUGC